GGCAGCCUCGGUCCACGCACUGCAGCAAGCCCAGGAGGAGGAACUACAGAAGCUGGCCCAGCUCCGGGACUCGCUCCGAGGGACACUGCAGCUGGACAGCAGAGAGACACCCUGAGGUCUUCUUUGCAUGUCUGAGGGGCAGGAGCACCCAAGCCGGAAGAACUCCGGGGGAGGCUACAGCAUCCACCAGCACCAAGGCAACAAGCAGUUUGGGACGGAGAAGGUGGGCUUCCUGUACAAGAAGAGUGAUGGCAUUCGGAGAGUCUGGCAGAAGAGGAAGUGUGGAGUCAAGUAUGGCUGCCUGACCAUCUCACACAGCACGAUCAACCGGCCCCCAGUGAAGCUGACCCUGCUGACCUGCCAAGUGAGGCCAAACCCUGAUGAGAAAAAGUGCUUCGACCUGGUGACCCAUAACCGGACCUAUCACUUCCAGGCAGAGGAUGAACACGAGUGUGAGGCGUGGGUGUCGGUGCUGCAGAACAGCAAGGACGAGGCCUUGAGCAGCGCGUUCCUCGGGGAACCCAGCGGCAGUGCGGGGUCCUGGGGCGGCGCGGGGCUGGACGUGGAGCCCCCGGAACUCAGGAAGCUGCUCAUCGCCGAGGUGAAGAGCCGGCCCGGGAACAGCCAGUGCUGCGACUGCGGGGCCGCAGACCCCACGUGGCUCAGCACCAACCUGGGCGUGCUCACGUGCAUCCAGUGCUCUGGCGUCCACCGCGAGCUGGGCGUGCGGUUCUCGCGCAUGCAGUCCCUCACCCUAGACCUGCUGGGCACCUCCGAGCUGCUGCUGGCCUUGAGCAUCGGAAACACUCGCUUCAAUGAGGUCAUGGAGGCCCAGCUGCCCUCUCAAGGCUGCCCUAAACCCUCCGCUGAGAGUGACAUGAGUGUCCGCAGGGGCUACAUCGUGGCCAAGUACGUGGAACACAGAUUUGCUCGACGGGCCACACCUGAACCCCAGAAACUCCGGACAGCCAUCUGCAGUAGGGACCUCCUGUCGGUAUUGGAGGCCUUUGCUAAUGGACAAGACUUUGGGCAGCUGCUGCCUGGGCCUGAUGGGCAGGCACCUGGAGAGCUUGCCCUGCACUUGGCCAUCAGAGUUGCCAGCCAAGCCUCCCUGCCCCUGGUGGACUUCAUCAUCCAAAAUUGCGGCCACCUGGACGCCAAGGCUGCCGAGGGGAACACCGCCCUGCACCACGCUGCACUCCACGACCAGCCCGAAUGCCUCAAGCUGCUGCUGAAAGGGCGAGCUCCAGUGGGCGCAGUGAAUGAGGCAGGAGAGACAGCUCUGGACAUAGCCAGGAGGACACAGCACAAGGAGUGUGAGAUGCUGCUGGAGCAGGCACAGGCGGGGACCCUCACCUUCCCUCUCCAGUUGUACUAUCCGUGGGUACUCUCUACGGUGCCUGGCUCUGACAGCGAGGAGGAUGAAGAGGAAAAGCACUGCUCUCUGAAGCCCCCAGCCCAGGCACACUGGGCCAGUGGGAGGCUGGACAUCAACAACAAGACCUAUGAGACCAUUACCAGCCUGGGACCAGCCGCCCCUCAGAGCCAGAGUGAAGACUGCCCUCCACCUCUGCCGGUUAAAAACUCUUCUCGGACCACAGCCCAGGGGCAAACGGGACACACCAGUGGAGAUGUUCCCAGCCUGAGUUCAGAGUCCUCUGAGGCCUCUGAGAGCCUGGGCAGCCCAGCCUCCUCCUCUCCCUCCAGCUUCACCAGCUCUAUGGAGCCUAGGGGGCCCAGCCAAGCCCAGCCUAACCCUGAAGAAGGUGUCCGGGAGCCUCCAGGCACCUCCCGACCUGGCCUGCUAUCUGUGCCCACUCCUGCUGAGGUGUAUCCUCCUGUGAGGUUCAGCUCGGAGAGCACUCGCUCCUAUCGGCGGGGCGGUCGGAAUGUGGAAGACAGUGUCGCUGCCCGGCAGCCUCUGCCCAGAAGAAGCGUUCCGGUCAGCUUCAGCGAAGGAGAUGGCCCAAAGACUGGAGUUCUCCCUGCAAGUUCUGUACAACUUUUGCAAGACUAGCCCCUUGUGGACCCCUGCAAGGCCCAUGGUGAAAGCAACAUCCAGAGCUGAGACUUGAACCCACAGAACUGGGGAGCUGAGUCAUCUGCUCCCUGUAGUCUCACUUCCUCUGUCCCUCUGACCUCUAUGACUAGCCUUUUUCCUGGUGUGAACCACCCCCUGCCAAGGACACUGCCCUUCCAUGUUGAAACCGAUGCCCAGGGCAACAGCCCUGCGCUGAAUGUGAGAACUCUUGCUCCGGGAUCACCUGCACUCUCUGACUCUCAGCAGACCAGGGCUGUGUUUCUACAAGGGCGAGGGACCACCCUUCAUCUCUUACUUCUAGACAGGGGCUCUGCCAGCCCAGGCACUGUCUUCUGGCCAUUUAUUUGUCUAGUGUUUUCCUUCACGGAAUUCCAGUAUUCUGUACAGACCUAUGCUAGGCACUGUGGAUGCCACAGGAAUAAGACAAGUAUCCUGCCAACAUGGUCCCUUGCUAGAAAGGUGGUCUCGAGGACCAGCAUGGGGCACGCAGGGCCAGAUUCCAGGGGAUGGCUCCGGGCUCAGCAGCUGGACAAUCAGCUGGUCUUCUGUCUGAUCAUGACAGGUGUCUGUAGCGUAUUUUUAAUCUAGUUGGCCAAGACCUGUGCUGCACGGCCUAUGCAGUAAAUAUUCUGAAUGGUACUCCCUUAGGAGGACAGCCCAGUCCUCCCUGGGGUGUUGACUCUGUUCUCCAGCCAGUAAGUAGAGUACUUGAUGAGCUGGAAGGAAAGGAAUGGUCUGGGCUGACAGAUGCCACUUCUGUCAUCUUCCUUUUGGUCAACUCAGGAGCCUUCCAUAUAGAGGAGCAGAGGGCGGCGAAGAGAAAACAGUGAUCGAGGAGAGACCUCAAAGACCAGAAAAUACCACCAUUGCUCAGCCCCACUUAGAAAGCAGAGGCUCUGAAGUCAUCACCAGCCACUAGAACCUCAACUUUACAACCAUUUGGCCCUGGGCCCCUUGUAGGGAUAUGCCAGGCCAAUCAGAGAGACCAGAGGGCACCCAGAACCAGAAGUCUGGCUGGAGGCUGGGCUGUUCACCCUGAAGGCCUGGCUCCUAGGUCCCACAGCAACAUGAUCGCUUCAGAGCCUUCAGGAUUUUCAUUCAUCUCAAUCUUGUCAUAUCAUACAUCUCUAAUAAAGGGUUGUGGGGGGUCAAGCCCCAUUGCCUUCA